AUGGCUUCUUACAAGGUGCUUACCAGCGUGCUUGUUGUCCUGCUGGUCGUCCUGGCCCUGACUGGACACGCUGAGGCUGGCUACAGGAAACCCCCGUUCAACGGCAGCAUCUUUGGCAAGCGUAACGGCAAUUCUGUUGACUACGAAGGUAACGCCAAGGUCCUCUCCACCAUGUGCGAAAUAGCAGCGGAAGCCUGCCAAAGCUGGUUCACCCAGGAACAGAAGUAAACUCCGCAGCCCACCCUCCGCAUUUUGCCCACACAACCGGUCGCCGAAGUGCUUCAGGAACCUUUUCUGUACGCCCCAACCUAUCCACAUAUUGACUCGAUGUGAACGAAGAAAUGUAAAGAAAACAAAUCAUCAAACUCGUAGUGUGAACUGAAAAGUGUCAUGAAGCUUUCUAUUCCGGAAUAAAAUGUUUUGUGUUAACUACCAGUGAACCAGGUGUUAGACUGUGUAUCAUUCUAUCGUUGGAAUUGAAUAAAUUAACAUUUAAAAGCACCACGC